AGGCCUGUGCAGGAUAAGUGCGGCUUUUGCAGUCUGCGUUCGCCGUGCGCGGUGGGUGUCUGUGGGUGCCGGAGGGCGGGGAGAGGAGAGGGGAGGAGCGCUCCACUACUAGCAGCAGUCUACAUAAGAGGAGGGCGAUCGAGCGGAGGCGCAGGGUGUUUGUCUGUGUGAGCGAGCGGGAAGAGGGUGGAGAGGGGUUUCGGGGAAGCAGCAGAGCAGGUGCGGCGAGGCUUUCUGCGACUCCGGCCGCGCGCAUGGGAGAGAGCUUGAGCGAGGAGGGUGGCGGGACGACGGACAAGAUGGGCAAGCAGGACAACGACGUCUCCCGCGCCGUCGUGGAGGACGACACCGCGCUCCUCCUCGCGGCGGUGGACAGCAUCAAGAAGGCGGCGCUGGGCCGGCUGCGCAACGGCUCCGACGCCGCCAGGAUCCUCGACCAGGACAUGUCCAACAGGCUCCUCCACCUCGCCUGCAGGCACGACGCCGCCGAGUGCGCCAGGCUCCUCCUCGACGGGGAGUACGGGAUCACGCCGGCCUCCGUCGACGCCAGGGACCCGCUCACGCGGACGCCCCUCCACGUCGCUGCCGAGGGGCACUCCAAGAGGUGCAUCCAGCUGCUCCUCUCCAGGAACGCCCGGACGGACGUCAGGCUGCUCGAUGGCACACGCCUAGUCGCGCUCGAGGUCGCGCUCAUGAGCAGAAGGGUUCAAGUUGAUUGGUCACAGGACAACUCGGUCGAGGAUCUUCUUGCUUAUCUGCAACAAAAGGAUCUGAACGCGGUGAGGCUUCUGGCAGAGAAGACCAGGGAGGUUGGGGAGGUGGCUUACAGAUACGCCAUGGAGGGGCGUGUCGCUGCACUCGCAAUGCUGCUCCUGGUGACUGAGGAAAGGAUAUCGGCGAUGGUGAGCGUGGUGAUUGAUGGCGUCAGGACAAAGAGAUCAAUCUACAACUCUGUUGUGGACGAGGUUCUGUCGAUUGGAGAGGCUUCAGCUAGAGAAGGCAAUGAGAUGAGGAGGAAAGCCUUGCUCUGUGAGAUUCAGCUGCUUAACCAAUUUGGGGCCACAGUGUGGAGGGACCGAAAAGUUGACAGGAGAAGCUUGCCCCCUCUACUUAGGGCUGCAAAGGCCGGAGAUAUGAAUGUCACAAAGAUGCUUCUGAUGGGGGAUGUUGAUGUCAAUGAAACCGACCCCGAAGGAAACACAGCACUUCACUGGUGCCUUAGUAGUAGCUCAAGCACACAGGAGCCAAGGAUUGUGUGGCUCCUGCAGAAGAAUGGUGCCAGAGUUUUCCAGGGGAACAAACUAGGUCUCACACCAGUGCACGGCGCUGCAGCUAAGGGCAAUUACAAGGCUCUUCAGUCACUUCUGCUUCAUGCACAAGAUUGCGUUGAUAUACCUUCCAAGACCAAAGAAACCCCAUUAUUCCUUGCAGUGAAAAAUGGUUCUUUGAGCUGUGUACGACUUCUUUUGCGUUAUGGGGCUAACCCCAAAGCCCAGAACCUGCGAAAGCAAAGACCAAUAGACGUGGCGACAUCCCAGGACAUGCGGUUCCUUCUCAACUCCGCAAAUGUUGUACCAAUGAACCAUGGCUCAAUGGAAAAGAACCAUGCAAUGAAAAAAGAAAGGCACAAAGAGCUUCUGGAUGAUGAUUUCGAUGAUUGUGACAACGACGAUUAUUAUGAAAGCUAUGUUGUGCCAAAGGCGUCAGUAGGUCACCGGGAUUUUCGGGUUAAAAGUAAGGGCCACAGUACCCCGAAAGAAGGCCCCAAAUUAUCUCGGCAUAAUGAUCACUGGGAGAAGCAUGACUACACUCGCAAAAUCUUUGUUGGGGGUCUCCCGCUUUCAGUAGACGAUGCGUACCUUAGCAAAUUCUUCAGUACUGAAUUCGGACCUGUGGAGGAAGCAAUAGUCAUUACCUUAAAAAUAGACGAGAGGAUACAGUCCCGAGGCUUUGGCUUUGUAAAAUUCAAAAGAGAGAAGGAUAUGAUUAGUGCAAAGGAAGCUCAUCAUGUCUAUGUGCUUGGGAAGAGAGUGGAGAUAAAGGAUGCUGUUGCUAGACCGUCCCUGCCUGAACUCGAAAGAGCAACUUCCUUCAGGCACCAUGUACGUGAGUCCCCAAGAGUGACUCAUAGUGAGCUGGAGGAUGAACAAGCUGAGCAAUAUAACUUUGGAAAACGGCGGCCAAUGCCAGAGAAGCACCUCCCGUCUUGGUUCUUCAUAUUCAGGAGGUGGUUGCCAGGAUUUCUCAUGGAAGCAACCGAGCGAUAUGGGGAGAAGUACCCAUUAUGCUCUGUGAAGACUGAUUUCAGAUCAUGUUGCAGAAUGGAGCUUGAUCAUUCUGCCCUUGGCUAUCCUAAGCUAAGCGAUUUCAUGCGCUCCCUCCCUGGCAUAUGCAGGAUGCGUGUAGUCCCUGUAGGAAAUGGCCCUGCAACACAUAUGGUCCUUCUGCCACCCCUCUCAAGGCCAAAGUAUGUACCCUUGCUGGAGCCUUACUCGUUUGAUCAUGACGAGCUCCCAGAAUCAGUGUCAGAUCAUCACUCUCCAAGAUCACCACUUACCGCCAAUAUCACUGAGAAUGCUCCUUAUAGCACUGACAGUCCACAGGGUGAUGCAUGCAGCGAGACCAAUGUCCAGAGCCAGCAUGAUGAUGAGUGUAGCAGAAGCAAUGGCGAAAGCCUGCCGGAUGGUGAUUCCACCUCCAAUGGUAGCUUACUUGAUGAGGUUACUGUGAGCACACCAAAGUCUGAUUUGAUCGAGUCACCUGCAAGAAAGCCUGAUUUGAUCGUGUCUGGAGCUCUUCCUGGAAAAGCCGAACAAGGACCGUUAAGGAGGCCUGAUUUGGUCGAGUCUGCACCUACAAAGAAACUCGAUUUGAUUGAGUCCAGUCCUCCUCCUUCUCCUCCUAGCAAGGCUGAUUUGGUUCAGCCUGGGCCUGCAGGGAAGCUUCAUUUGGUUGAGUCCAGUCCUCCUAGGAAGGCUGAAUUGGUUGAGCCGGGACCAGCAAGGAAGAUUGAUUUGAAUCAACCCAGACCAACAACACGCUUUGUUGAUCGUCCUGUUGAAAGGCCAGCAAUCACUCCAAGCAGCUGCGAGAAUGAAAUGAGAUUCUCCUUCUUCCACUCACAGUGGGACAAGUACCUAACUCCACAUGCCAAGAGUGACUACUGCAUCAUAUGCCGCUCCUGUGAGGCCGCGAUGGAGCUUGUCCCGUGCCUCCAUAAGAUAUGUGUUGCCUGCAUGAUGAGGUGCAAUGUCAGGGCAUGCAUGACCUGUGGCACUGCUGUAAGUGGAGUCAAGUCUGCCCCGGCGCUGGACGCAAAAUCCCGACACGUGGGAGUCAUGGAGUGCGUCUCGGAUCAAAAGUGCCAGUUGAUGGUUGUCUGCAGUGGAGCUGAUGCAGUUGUGAGAUGCUCCCCCUGCAUGCACACCAUAGCUUGCCGAGGCUGCCUCCUGGCCUCGGUGACACUGCUCAAGAAGUGCACUGUCUGUGACUGCAUGAUUGAGCACUUCAAGUUUGGUCCAUAAGGUCUAGCUCCCUAAUACCGAAGACUGAUCUAGUAGUAAUGCAUAGAAUAAGGCAGGCGAUCCCACAGACUGAAGGAGACAUUGAUCCCAUCUCCUUCGAUGUUCUGAGCUUGUGGGAUGAUGCGCCUAAAUAGGCCAUGUUUAGAGGAGUGCCCUUUGCUGCUCCCUUAUGUUUUUUUGCGUAGGAAUACCUUUUCCUAGAUGCUUGAUGGUCAUGGUUCUGUAAGCUUUGUGACGGGGGGCUGCGUCCCCUUCGAUUUUGGCAAGCUUACAGCAUCGGUACCAUGUGAAGCCCCCCUUUGUUAUCUGUUAUCGCGCUCUUUCACUGAACCUAUGUAUUAGUACUAUCUAAGUAAGAUGGAUCCUUUUCAGUUAUAUCUCUUGGUGAGCAGUGCUGGAGUUUGUGAUUUGCAGCUUUC